AUGAUCUACCCACAGAGAGCCACAUGUUUUCUCGUCAUUGCCGUCCUCAUCCUCCUCCUACCACUGAUGUCUUCCUAUCUAUGCAUGGCUGCCGCACAUGACCCACUGCAUCAUGCUCCAGGUGGCGACAUUGGUGUGUGGGGUCGUUCAGAUGGGCUGCAUCAUGAAGGGGGAAAGGUGUUUGGGAUGGGGACUGCGAGGCGCUUGGGGCAGAGGAUACCGAUGAAGAACCCUCCCUCACCAGUCCCCAACGAAAACAUGGGGGUGGUGUUACCCCUGACACCACCACCACCAUCGUUGAUCAAUAAACAAGUGUUGGAGGUCCGGGAUACGAGCAUGCCAUGGUGA